CCACGUGACCCGGAGCGUGACGUAGGAGGAAGGAGACGCCAUUAGAGGGAGGCGGAGAAGGCCGCGCUCUCGGCCUUUCCCCGCGGCGCGCCCGACGUGCCGGCGUUUCCGGGGCUCGCGCCGCGGGGCUGAGGGGAGCGAGCGCGGCGCGCGGCGAGGCGCGGGCGGCCCGGCAGCGCCGGGAUGGCGGCGGCGGGCGGGGGCGGCGGCGGGGGCGGCGCGGCGGCGGCGGCGGGCCGAGCCUACUCCUUCAAGGUGGUGCUGCUCGGCGAGGGCUGCGUGGGGAAGACGUCGCUGGUGCUGCGCUACUGCGAGAACAAGUUCAACGACAAGCACAUCACCACGCUGCAGGCAUCAUUCUUAACAAAGAAGUUAAAUAUUGGUGGGAAACGAGUAAACCUUGCUAUAUGGGAUACUGCAGGUCAGGAGAGAUUUCAUGCAUUGGGUCCAAUUUACUACAGAGACUCAAAUGGAGCUAUUUUAGUUUAUGAUAUAACAGAUGAAGAUUCUUUUCAGAAGGUAAAAAACUGGGUGAAAGAAUUACGGAAAAUGUUGGGAAAUGAAAUCUGUUUAUGUAUAGUUGGUAAUAAAAUAGAUUUGGAAAAAGAGAGACAUGUUUCCACUCAAGAAGCAGAAUCGUAUGCAGAAUCUGUGGGCGCAAAACAUUAUCAUACUUCCGCCAAACAGAACAAAGGAAUCGAGGAACUCUUUCUUGACCUUUGUAAAAGAAUGAUAGAAACAGCACAAGUGGAUGAGAGGGCAAAAGGCAAUGGUUCCAGUCCCCCAGGAACUGCGAGGCGAGGGGUGCAGAUCAUCGAUGAUGAGCCUCAGGCCCAGAGUGCUGGCGGAGGGUGCUGUUCUUCCGGAUAACUAUUCACACCGAAGAAUGAAAAUGAACUGUGGAUCAUUGCCCUCAACAUGAAGACUGCCAUACUCCAAGUCACAUUAUUUUACCAAUGGAAUUAUAGAAUUAACAGUAUUUUAAAUUACGUUUAUAACACUGCGGAGACCUUAAGUGCUAAACUUAGUGGAGUUUGUGACCAGAGAAUUGGCAUUUUCUACAAAUGUUAACAAAGCAAUUACCAAUGGCCUUUUUACAUAUUUUUUCUUUAAUAAGGAAUAAUAUGCAUGUAGAAAAGACCUACUUAAAGGCUUCAUUUAUAUUCUUUUAAAUCAAAUCUUUAUUUAAUAACUUAUAUAUGUUGUUGGAAUGGUAUACAUUUUUUCAGCCCUUUGUAUUUUGUGGUAGUUUUAAUUGUAUCACUUCUAAACAGCAACCUGUUUCUGUUUUUUGUUUUUGUUUUUUAAUUAGCAGAUACCUGAAGUACUAUUUUUGCAGGGUUUGCACAGACCCCACUAUCUACUACUUUGAUAUAAUCUAUAUACAUCCUGUAUGCUGAGCUGGUAAAAUAUAUUGUAAAUUCUGCAUUAAAUAUUUUAUCUGCUUUUACAAGCGCAAGGUGCAAAAAUAUAUACAAUAGUUUGAUGACUAUAAAGUGAAUUAACAUUUGGUGAUAAUGCUGAAGCUUUUGACUCUGAUAUAAAGAUCAUAGCUCCCCUUCACUUUUGUCUUAACUUGAAAGUGGUGUGUUUAAAUUUUCACAUAUACAUUACUUGAAUUUUUGCUGUUGUCACUUUUUUUGCCUUUGUAAGUCCAGCCGAUGAACAGCAGCAUUGCCUUUGGUGUUUAUUUGUUUUGUUUGUUUUUGGAUAAAAGAGAUAAGUUCUGCUGAGUUUGCUUUAGAGCGGUUACCAUAGGUGUAUUUGAGUGGAGCAUGCUGGGUUUCACUUCUGCAAUGGUUAUUUUUUUUUUCUUACACUUUUCAUGGCCCACUGGUAUGAGAUGAAACACAGGGGAGUCCCUCAUGGUAGCCACUCACCAACAUUCUUUCAUGUAUCAUGUUGGUAGUUCAUGUUUCUGAGAUAGCACUUUUCAAUCUUUUGUGAAUAAAUUGUAUUUGUUCAUUGCUUUCCAGAGAUGAACACAGAAAGUUCUGUUUUGUUUCAAAGGCUAUCCUUUUGGCUUUCUGUGAAGGGAAACAUUUCAUGUAAUGGAGUUAUAGUGAACACUGGAAAGACUUACUAUAAAAUUAUAUUCUUGUAUUCUUUGUAAAUUAGUCUCUCAUUAGGGUUGUAAAAAAAAAAUGUCCCCUACCACACCCCCUGAAAUAUAGAAUGACUUCAACUGUUCAUUUUAAUAGAAUCAGGCAUUGCUCACAGAAGGAAUACAAGUUGUGGAAAUUAACCUAAUUCUUGUUCUAAUAUAUAUAUUUUUCCAUUUCUGUCAUGCUUGGAAGUCUAGUAAAUGUUAUGUCUAAGAUAAAAUCAAAUGGUACCUGGAUUUACUUCUUAUAACAAGCAUUAGUAUUCAAUAAAACUAUUAGCACAAACAGUUUGAAAAUAUAGAGGAUUGUGGAACUAAAGUAGUAAUCCUUUUUCUGGGGCCAUGACCAUGGUCGUUGGUGCCAGGAGGCUUUUCCUAGCUCAGUGAACCUGGGUCUUCUGCACACAGAAAAUGCCCCCCAACCCUGUAGGUUAACUCCCCAGUCUCUUGCCAGAUUUGAAAUCAGUGGUAGCUUAAACUUUCCCAAGCUGACUAAAAAAAUGCAGUGAAUUGACACCUUGAUAUCAUGUUAGAUUUUAUUUGAGGCAUAGGAGGGCUCACUUGGCUUUGUUCAUGGAAGUUGCUCCUGGCAGUCCUAGGGCACCAUGUGAUACGGGGGAUUGAACUGGGACUCCAGUUAGCAGCGCAUGAAUGCAGUCUUUUGGACUGGCUCUCUGGCCCUGGUGUUGGAAUUUGAACUUAGUUUUGAAUGUUCUGUGAGCCCUUGUAAUAGCUUCUUCCAUUGUUUUUAUGAGACUCAACACACUGACCUUUAUGUGUUGUGGGUUGGGAGUGUGGGUUGGGAAGAGUCCAAAAGAUAAGCUGAAAUUGUCAUUUUAUAACAUGACCGUUCUCUGUUGUCUUUUCCAGUGAAGUUUCCUGCAGAGUUUGAAUUUGUUUGAGGUUUUUAAGGGGAGGCAAGGGCAAUUUAAUCCAGGAAAAAGUGCUUCUUUCUGCUCUUUCUGAAGGGGUCAAGAGAAGCCUUGCCAUUUCUAUGGUUGUAGGUGGAAAGUAAACUCUCCAUUGGAGUAUUUUGUAUAUUUUGAACAAGUUAGAGAAGAAAGUGAACUUUAUUCCAAAAAAUAAAGUCAUGGAGUCUGAUAGUUGGAGACCCGUGUUCUCAAGUUAUGUAGAAAGUCAGUUAGAAUCUCUGCUCCAGAGAUGCCAAAUGUUGGUGGGGUACAACCUCUCCAUUUUAAUUUUUCCUUAUUCUACCUUGGUUUCUUUAUCUUUCUUAACUGUAACAUUCUUUUGGGAGGGUAUGGCAAGCUUGGGCCAUACCUGGCUAUGCUCAAGGCUUACUCUGGCUCUGUGCUCAGGAAUCACUCCUGACAGUGCUCAGAAGGCAAUAUUUGGUACUGGGGACUGAACCCAGGUUGGCCACAUGCAAGGCAAGCCCCUUACUUGCUAUACUAUCUCUGGCCCAGCAUUUUAUUUUUAACCAAUAAUUUAGGCUCAAUUCAGUUAGACUCAGUGUGAUAACAUACCUAUUCUUACUCUAAAGGUCAGCUGGUAAAUUUAGAUAGGAAUUGGAUGUAAGGGUAAUGAGAAGUGAUCUGUUGUGAUAUGUAGACAAAGGAAAGAUAAAGAGAUGGUAAACUAAAGUUGAAGAAAUUUUUCUGAUGGCUUUCUUCACCUCUUUAAUAAAUUUUUGUAUUCCUGUCCUUAAAAUUGUGCUAUUAGGAAGAAGACACAAGCUGUGUUUACGGUUAAAUGUAGUAAGUAGAUAGGUCAGUAAGUAGAACCAGUAUUUUCAACCAGUAAACGUAUAUACACUUAGUGUAUAUAAUUAAAAAUGGAUUUAAGAUAGUCAUUUAAAAAGUUGAUUAUGUUAAUUAUAUGCAGUCAUUGUAUAAUGGUGAUGGGUAUUUUAAUUAUUUUGCUUUGUGUUCAAGGAGUAAAAUCAUUGUUUUACAUGUAAAUUGCAACAGUUUUGGGGGUAACAGAAAGCCUUAUAUCAUUAUUGUAUAAGAUAUGAGUGUUCGAAUUUGUUUUGUUCUGGGGUACCUCUUGAAAAUAUGCUAAACUAUUCUCUAUAGCAGGUAAAUUUAAAUCUUUAAAAAAUUUUAGUCAUGUUAUUAGUGUUUACUUUUUAUUUAACAUUAAAAAAAUGACACUCCAUUUUUAGAUUUUUUUCAGUAAGAAAAAUUAAAAUUUGGAGUAAAAGGCAGUGAGGAGUAAAUAAAAUUUCCUACUUCACAGUUUUUUAGAAUCAUUUUGAAAAAUAUACAUGACCUUUAUCAAAUAGUUUCUAUAUAAGUCAAACAAUGCAUUGUGCCAAAUAUUAAAACAUUUAUAUAAUGAAUUGUAAUAUUAUUUAUUUUAAUAAUAUAAUUUGAAAAUUACCUAUAAAUGGUAUCUGGAGUAUUGGUCAUUGAUCUUCUCUCCAGAGAAUUUGGGUUUACUCUUCCAGUUAUCACUUGAAAUGGUUUAGUCUGCCGUUAAAGUUGAAAGUGUUUGGGUGUGAGGUGUGCUGCACUUCAUACAUGAAAGGCAUGCGCUCCACCACUGAGCACAAUUCUAGUCUCUUGAAACCUGCAUUGGGCCUCAUAAUUUUUUUAUAGGUAAAAUAUAACUAAGCGAAUACUUAUUUUGUGACAAUUUUAAGAUUUUUGAGACAGAGUAAAGAAUAUAGUGAGCAGCAGGAGCCCUACAAUAUUAAAAAUACAGAGGCUGACUAGAUCCUUAAGUAUUCUUUUUUGAAUUGCAAAAUACGUUACCUAAAACACAAAGUGCAUUAUUACUAAACUGGGAUUCAUUGAACAUACAUAUUUGCUUGAUUUCAUAAUAAGUAUUGAUUGUGAUAUACAUUCAUCUGUAAUUUUUAGUCAGAAUUUAUCCUUCACAGAUGUAGGGCUUUGGCAGACUUCCUUUCCAAAGAACACGUUAAUCACAAUUCUGAGCAAAUUUUCCUUAAUAUAAGAUUUUUAGGGGCUGGAGCGAUAGCACAGCGGGUAGGGCAUUUGCCUUGCACGUGGUCGACCUGGGUUCGAUUCCCAGCAUCCCAUAUGGUCCCCUGAGCACCGUCAGGGGUAAUUCCUGAGUGCAGAACCAGGAGUAACAACCCCUAUGCAUCGCCAGGUGUGACCCAAAAAGCCAAAAAAAAAAAAAAAAGAUUUU